UCAGCAGUAACGAUAUAUUAAUCAGGUCGUUGGAAGCUUUCCUAGUACUGGAAAUAUGUGUCAAUGCCCAAAAUGCGUCAGGCAGCCUCUAGUUCUGCGUAGCAUUGGCUGCACAAUUCGGUAAAUCGGUACAAUCAGAAGGUUUCAAAGAGUUUAAGGCUGACCUACUAAUUUUUAUCGUUUUCUCUGAGCAUUUACUUAGUUCUCACCUCGUAGUUUCUCUCACAGGUUUAAUGCUUGUCAGUGUUAUUUCCAGUUAACUCGCUAGAGUGAGCGAAAGAAAGAUGAGAAAGAGUGAUAGAAUAAUAAAGGAAAAGUGGGGGGAAGUACAGAAAAAUUUAAGAGCUGAGAGCCAAACAAAAUGAGGGUCUGGAUGAUGUCAAUACAAGGGAAGUUGUUGAUUGGUGGGUUGUUGUCGAGAGCAUUUUAAAAGAUUCAUUCCUGUCAAAUGCGUUAUGGACAAUCUCCUCCAACCACCGAGUAUGUUGUGACAGUAGAAAUUCUGGGAUGUUUCCGUGAGCUGGGCAAACGGGAAGUAUUCCUAGCUGGAAUAAGUGCGUUUUGAAGCUUGAGAAAUGGCUGAGCUUUUCCUGUAGCGAAGACGGUUCUGUGGACGGGAAGCUGUCGGGAAGGCGCUGUUCAGUUUAAAACAACGCAGUUGGAGGAAGCAGGGUUUUUAAGCAAUCUAUAGGAAAGAAGAGACAGAACGUUCAAUCAUUUGAAACAGUUCAACUACACACCCAAUUCAUGACUAAACAUCUGCCUCAGUGCCAUUUUCUCGUACUGUCAGAUAUCAAUCGAUCCUUUAGGGAGCUCCAAUUUCUACUCGAGUUCCAAGGAUGCAUUAAAGAGCCACAGUGCAGGAGCCUUGAAGGAGACAUUUCAGACUCGGAUCAUGCUUUCCUUGCAUAAGGGCUGUCUGGUUGUCCUCGUGUUGGUGAUUUGUAGUACUCUGUACAUGUACUACAGAUACUAUUGGUCCGUUAACGACGACAUGUUGAAACUAUCUCGGGUAACAGAUAAACCUGAUGCCGUGAUUCCCAACAAAGUAUUCAAAGCUGGCAUUAUGUUUUUGGAAUCAACUGACAAUUUAAAGCUGAUGCCAUUGGCGAUGUGUUCAGUGGAGUCUGCUGCUCGUCUAAACCCAGACAAACAGAUCUAUUACUUCAUGAAGGGGUUCAGUGGCAACUUGAGCCAGUAUCCAGAGACUGAGUACAGAGGCAUCCAUUUACUUUCUAAGAUGAAGAAUAUCGUCAUUCUACCUCUGAAACCCAUUGAGCUAUUUAAAGACACUCCAUUGGAAAGCUGGUAUCAAAAGGUAAAUCCAGAAAGAGAGAAGUAUUGGGCCCAUGUGCUUGCUGAUGGCUGCAGGUUAGCACUGCUCUGGAAAUACGGGGGCAUCUACCUGGAUACAGACAUAAUCUCAUUAAGGUCUUUGCUGUUUGAUAACUUCACAUGCUUAGAGAGCACAGGAUAUUAUAAUAAUGCGGCAUUGGGUUUCCAUCAGAAAAACCAUGAUUUUAUAUGGAAUUGUUUUAACGAUUUUGUGGCCAAUUACGAUGGAGAUCUUUGGGGUCAACAAGGUCCACGACUGAUAACUCGGGUGCUGAAGAGAUGGUGCAACACUGAUGACCUAAUUGCCGCCGCUGGCAGUACAUGCAAUGGCAUCUCUUUAUUGAACUUGAGUCGAUUCUACCCAGUACCAUAUUCAAGCUGGGAGAAAUUCUAUGCUCCCUGGAAAAAGGAGGAUAUAGAGCAUACUUUCUCAGCUACAUAUGGAGUACACAUUUGGAACUUUAUGAAUUCUGACAAAAAAAGAAAAGUGGUUGCUGGAAGUGGGUCAUUAAUAGAAUACUUUUUUCGGAUGCAUUGUCCAACUGCAAACAAACUUAAUUCAUUAAAGAAAUAGUUUGGAUAAUUUCUUGUCUGAGAUUGUAUCUAAUUAAAUAGUCAUGGGAUGAAGUGGGCACAGGAGAAAAGAGUUUAUCUGAUAAACCUCCAUUCUCCAAGUGAUCUGUUAAAGAAAAAAAUUUUUGAACCACUUAAACACCAAUAUGACUACUUGCUUCCUGUAAGUCCCAGCAGCAUGUUGUUGGGUUUCUUUUGCAAUGUUGUCAUUUCGUACAGACUCGCCCUUACGUAGGGCACUGAUGUAGGUUUAAUACUGAAAGCUGCAGUUAAAAUAUAACAAAAUCGCAAAGCCUUGUGAUUUCCCUCAGAUCUGUACCGGCAAUUAAUAAGGUUCUCAGAUGAUCUUAUUGUUACCUGACUGCCAAAAUCCUGAACUUUCCUAAAUCAAAGUCUGGCUCUGCCUUUAAUAGCCCAACUGCAUCUCUCAGGAACAGAGAAUUCUGGCUUCUGCUCUCUGAGGCUUCCAUGGUAAUCCCAUAUCAUGAAAUUACACUAUUUAUCUCCCUCCAUCUGGUUCAAUAUUUUCCACCAGAAGAAUAUUCUCAGUAUUGUAUUCAUUUCAGUUCUCUACAUCGCAGGAAGGAUGUCGAGGCUUUAGGGAGGGUACAGAAGAGGUUUGCCAGGAUGCUGCCUGUGUUGGAGGGAAUUUGCUAUAAGGAGAGGUUGGACAAACUUCUAUUUUUUGGGUUGGUUGAGAUUGAGGCAAGAUCUAACGGAGGCUAUAAGAGGCGUAGAUAGAGAGCAAGUGUCUUUUUCCCAGGGUUGAAUUAUCUAAUACCAGAGACUGUGUAUUUAAGGUGAAAUUAGUAAUUUUUACAGAGUUUAGAAUAUGUUGCCUGGGGUGGAGUCAGAGGCAAAUACAAUAGGGGCCCUUGGAUACAAAUGGAUACAGCUCCUAUGCUUCCAGUUUCUGGAAGGACCGCCAGUAUCCUGAAGAAAUACUGGAUUAAUACCAUCCACAAACCCAUGAGGAAGCUCAAAUCACAGCUUAUAUGCGUCAGAGGACAUGUGAUUCAGGUUGGCUGGCAUUUACAGGAUUCAUUGUGUAUAUUGGCCAGAUGGUAUGCAUGGAGUAAAUCCACAUCAGGUAGCACCUAGAAGGAGUAUCCAUUUGGGUUACCUGGAGAAAUUGGUGGCAGCAGAGCACUGCAUUUGCAGUGGCUAUAGGAUUGACUUUGGCACAAAACUACUGUCCCGUGCCAAUGGCUUUUGAGACUGCCUGGUAAAGGAAGCCAUUGAAAUAAAAUGGGAGGAAAGAAAUUUUAACCAAGACGAAGGUCACGCUCUAAGAACAGGAAUUCAGUUGUAAACCAGAUGGGGAGUAGAAACCUGAUUGGAUGAUAACUAACCAAUCAGGAGGGACAGACUACGGGGUAUAAGUACCACUGGACUAGUCACGCCUGAUGAAGAUGACGAGAGUUUGUCAUCAAAACAUCAGUUAUAAUGGAUACCUGUACCUGGCUGGAAGCCCGAGAAGAGUUUGUUGGCUAUUCAUAAAUUGGUUUAUUUAUAUCUAAGGAAUUUUCUGUUAGCUGGAUUAAAAAAGGUGAUGGAUUCAAGAGCCUUUAGCUCUUCACUUAAUUUGCUUUGCAUUUGUAUGUUUGUUUAAACUUUAAAAUAAACGAUCAUUAAAAAUUAA